GUGAGUAGCAGCAAGCUCGAAAUGGCUCCCUGCUUUGCUUCUUGUUCGUCUCCCAUCCGCCACUUGUGCGUGCACAUCCUACUAGUGUACGUCCUGGCGCACUGGCUCGCGCCGUCCUGCUCGGCUUCCUUCUUCGCCGCCUCGCGGCACGACUACCGUGACGCGCUGGCCAAGUCCAUCCUCUUCUUCGAGGGCCAGCGCUCGGGGCGGCUGCCUCCGGGGCAGCGCGCGUCGUGGCGCGGGGACUCCGGCCUGUCGGACGGCGCGGUGGCCGGGGUCGACCUCGAGGGCGGGUACUACGACGCCGGGGACAACGUCAAGUUCGGGUUCCCCAUGGCGUUCACGACCACGAUGCUGGCCUGGAGCGUCAUCGAGUUCGGCGAGUCCAUGCCGCGCGACGAGCACCGCCAUGCCGCCGCCGCCGUGCGGUGGGCCACCGACUACCUCCUCAAGACCGUCGCCCAUCCCGGCGUCAUCUUCAUGCAGGUGGGCGACCCGUGGAAGGAUCACAACUGCUGGGAGAGGCCGGAGGACAUGGACACGGAGCGCACGGUGUACAACAUCAGCGCGGGGCGGCCGGGCUCGGACAUCGCGGGGGAGACGGCGGCGGCAUUGGCCGCGGCGUCCAUGGUGUUCCGCGACGCCGACCCGGCGUACGCCGAGACGCUGCUCGCGAGCGCCAGGAAGGCGUUCGAGUUCGCGGACACGUACAAGGGCGCGUACAGCGACGACCCGGACCUCAGGGCCGGGGGCUGCCCGUUCUACUGCGACUUCGAUGGCUACCAGGAUGAGCUGCUGUGGGGGGCGGCAUGGCUAAGCAGAGCCUCCAAGGAUGACACAUUCCUCCAGUACAUUCAGACCAAUGGCAAGACCCUUGGUGCAGAAGACAACACCAACGAGUUCGGGUGGGACAAUAAGCAUGCUGGCUUCAAUGUCCUUGUUUCCAAGGAGUUCAUAGAAGGAGAGGUGCUAUCUUUUCAGUCCUAUAAGGAGUUGGCAGACAGCUUCAUCUGCACACUCAUUCCAGAUUCCUCUUCACCACACAUCACGUACACACCUGGGGGCAUGAUCUACAAGCCUGGAGGCAGCAACAUGCAGCAUGUCACCUCCAUCUCCUUCCUGCUCCUGACUUACGCUAAGUACCUCACCAAGUCCUCUCACACUGUCAACUGUGGAGACAUUUCAGUUGGCCCUGUAACUCUUCAGCUGCAGGCCAAAAAGCAGAUUGAUUAUCUACUAGGAGAUAAUCCGAUGAAAAUGUCAUACAUGAUUGGAUACGGUAACCGGUAUCCUCGGCAGAUCCAUCACCGAGCAUCGUCAUUGCCCUCGAUCAAGGACCAUCCUCAACGCAUUGCGUGCAAAGAAGGCACACCUUACUACAAUUCAUCUAGCUCGAACCCUAACCCAUUGAUCGGCGCAGUCGUUGGCGGGCCAGGGGAGGAUGAUGCUUAUGAGGAUGACAGGGCAGAUUUCAGGAAAUCUGAACCCACCACCUAUAUCAAUGCUCCAUUAGUAGGAGUUCUUGCAUACUUUAUUGUCAACCCUAACCCAGGACAUGUCAAACAUUGAGCAUCAUAUGUCAGUACCUUGGCUUGUAGAUAGAAAAGAGUGGCAGCAGUUAUAAAUAGGUGCAACUGGAAGUCUGAAACAAGUAGGAUUGUGUUUAGAUGGAACGACAUAUUUAUAUGAGUGAAGUUUAUGCAAUAGUGAGAGUUUCGUCUUCCAUGCUCUUUUUCCUUUUGUUCUUGAACUUCCACUGUAUUUAUGUGAAUGUGUGCAAAUGGCAUUUUCACUGCACUACUAUAGUCAUCGGUGAAAUGCUUGUGCAUUGUGUUUGACAUGUAAGGUACUCAUAUCUGACCAGUCGAAUGGAAGGAUGUUUUGACUGUCAUAGUGUUCUGAAAUUGCACAGGAUAAAUGCUGAUCAUUUUCAGAUGAGGAGGUCGCCAACUGCUGAAAGGCCGCCAUAAUAUUCAGCCAUUGUUCAGCUCAAGGAUGCCGCUGUUCUUCCCUCCUGGAACUGAAGCAAAAUAAGCGCUCGCCAUCGCCUAUUUACCAUAA